UGCACCGCGCCGGCUAUUGAUUGACCUUGAUUGACCACGUCCCGCGCCCGCCGGCGGCCAUCUAUGAACUGACGCGUGCCUCGAGUAUUUGAUUUGUACAGUAUAUUAUUCCAUAUCACCAUAUACCGCUGUAUACCGAAAGUAACACUGGCUUGUAUCAUUGUUCGUACGUUCUGCCUUUUUGACUUUUGUCAACGACUAAAAUACAAACGUGGACUGCACUGUCACGUCACGGUGGUGACCACAUGGCAAAUUCUCGUCGCAGCAUGAUAUCCAAGCAGCCUGGUUCCCUGUUGGAUAAUAGGACAUACGUAUCGAUAAUGCAUCGAUAAGUAGGUAACCAUACAUGCGGCCGGCAUACAUUCAGUUGUGCUUAAUGGACGACUGCAGGUGCACCAUACAUCAUGUACAUGUAUCAAUUAUCAUAUUCUGACUAUUGAGAAAGGUAAUUCACUGAAAUGACUGGAUAUGAAGCAGUGACACAGUCUAACUCUGCUAUUCCUGAUUAGUAUAAAUUAUGUCCGAAGUUGUAAGACAUGGUCUUUAUUCCGUGAUUAGCUCGUGUUCUUCGUGGAUGGGGUCAGAGACCUUUCCGUUUGAUGGUUCUAUUCUAUGCAUUAUAUAAUAAAUAUAAUGCCGCAUUUAGGGCCUACACAUUGACAGCAUACAGACAUUAUUAUGUGUUGUGUACCAUGGAGCAAUAAGUGGGUGUACUAUGCACCUUAAUUUCAAAGUCACACGGUGACCCGGACACGUAAUGCACGCCCCGUCAAUUAGCCAGUUGACAUUGCGAUCAUCAUAAACAUCGUUCAUUAUACUCGACGGUGAAGGCGUACGUGGUGGAUGUCGUGCAUCCGACAGUUCUCCGCACUGUGUCCGUGACCUUGCAAGAUUUGCGAAGACCGGGACGGCUUUUUAUUCAUAAAAGAUUUCUUGGAUCUGAAAUCUAUUUGUAAUGAUGGCACUUUGGGCAUAUUCCGGAGAGAGAGGACCAGCACACUGGUGUGAGAAGUUCCCAGACGCCAACGGGAACCGACAGUCACCUGUCAACAUCGUGACGAAAAAUGCCCUGGUGGACGCGUCGCAGGGCCCGCUAACCAUCGACUACAGCUCCGCUCGUUGCACGGAGAUCGUUAACAACGGACAUGCAUUCCAAGUGAAUGCCCAAUCCAGCGACACAAACUUGAGUGGAGGACCACUGUUGCACAACUACCGCUUGGCUCAAUUUCACUGUCAUUGGGGCAGCAAGGACGGUCAAGGGUCUGAGCAUACUAUAGAUGGAAAACACUAUGAUGCUGAGCUGCACAUGGUCCAUUGGAACACUGAUCUUUUCCAGACGACAGGGGACGCCCUUUCACACGACAAGGGUCUGGCCGUUCUGACAGCGUUCGUCAAGAUCGGCAAGGAGAAUUCCGGCUGGACCAAGUUGGUGGCGCUCUUGAACAAAGUCAAGUGCAAAGAUGAUAAAUGCUGCAUUGAAGAUGGUUUCGAUCCGUCCAUGCUACUUCCAGAGAAUAAGAAAGAUUACUGGACAUACGAAGGAUCCUUGACGACACCGCCGUGCUACGAGAGUGUACGGUUCAUCAUUUAUCGGGAACCCGUCGAGAUAUCUGCACAACAGAUCAAGUCACUCCGAGAUUUGCUGUCCUACAAGCAAAGCGGCCAACCCGAAAGUGGUCACCCCGAGCAUCUGAGCGACAACUACCGACCGACUAUGCCGCUCAACAGCCGUGUAAUAACGGCGUCAUUCCAUGACAAGUAGAGGGCCUGGAAUGGAAUUCAUUUGCUAACAUUACGGUCGUAGUUUCUGCGAGCUAGUGUUGGCUUACAAGGGGAAAUUCUGUCCAAGUCCUUUUUCCAGUUUGUCAAAAAAGGCUUAGUACCUUCACUGUAGAGAUUUGGGUGACUUUGGAAUAUGAAGUAAUAACAUAGCUCUCCGGGCGAAAGCCAUUCCGAGUUUAGAAUGUUUAGCAGCUUAUUAUUUUAAACCGGUGCCCAUAUGCUCAAAUUAAAUAAAUGGAAAACAGGUUGAUAAAUGAGAAUCAUGUUGUGAUUACGGUUGAUGAAUCUCGCAUACUGACGUUGGCGUAGUUCCCCGUGUGUUUACGGCCGGUAUCUAGGGCCUAUAUUAGCCUGGCAGCAUUGGUAGGAUAAUUUUUUUGUUUUAAAGAAUUGGUCAAGUAUUGACGGUGCUACAAUCUCUUGUAAUUAUAUUAUUUUUGUAUGAAUUGAAAUUUCAUUUGUAUAAUUAUGCAGUGUGCAAAUUUAUCUACAAGUAUUUACCAUAAUGUUCACUUUAAAUAUGAGUGCUAGAUAGAGGGCGAUUUAAUAUAUACUAGGCGAAUGAUAAUGUGAAAAUAACAGGUGAGCCAAGUGAAACUGAAAGUAAGCCGUGUCCGAAACGGGGUGCAGUCCAGAGCUUGGCUAUAUCUGUUGUCUAAUCGUUUCAUAGGGCAAUUGAAAUGAUGAAUUUAUUAGGCAUAAUAGGGCCUAAAUAAUACUAUUUUUUGAAGUGUUUGCAAUCUAAGUAUGCAAUGAAAUUGUAAAGUAUUUUAUUGUUUUAUAUUGUGUGCGAGUUUGUAAAGCGGAAAACUUAAGAUUGUGGUGCAAAAAAAAGAAGACAUUCCUACGCUAGAAAAAAAAAUUAUGCACAGAGAUAUUGAUUUGUCAUUCUCUUUUUUUGGCCAAAGUUUGAAGCUUCCAGAUUUUUAGAUUUGAAGUAACGUCGCUUCAAAUUAAAUAUUUAAUUCAAUAUUAAUCCAAAUCGAAUACCUCGUUUCGGUAAAAGUGGAAAAUUUUAGAAAAAUCUAUUUAGAAAUUAAGACGUUAAGAAAUAUAUUAAUAUAUAUUUAUUUAGCGUGUGAUAUGAAAUAUAUUGAAAGAAAAAUCAGGGAAAAUGCUUGUUUAAUUAUUUAAAUUUGUUUGAAUUUAGAACACAAUUAUGAUGCGUUUUGAAAUAAUAAUAUACCACUUAGAUUAAAAAUAUGUGAGUCUACAGUGCAUAAGUCAUAGUCGGGGCGUAUACAGCUUUGAGGUUGUACAUUGAGCGUCUUGAGCGCCGAUCUUAGCUCCUGUGAGUUAGUAAGUUGUAUGUCCAAAUCGUCCUAUAUAACCUGACAGGAAAAGGCAACUAGAAUUCAAAUUGCUGCAGAAAUAAAUUCUUGCCAAUGACAAUAUUUUUGGGGACAUCAUUCUGUCCUGCAAAUCAGUUGUGUUACUGACGAGUUGUAAGUUCCCCGGACCUUGAGGAUAACUUAUUCAGUGCUACUGGCGUAAAUAUUUUUGGGUCGUGGUUUGAAUCCCGUCAAGCCAAAGUAAGUUGCAAAUGUGUUCAUUCUCUACAACCAUUCUGUGUUUGUCUAGCUGUUUUAGGUACUGUAGGCAUGCACAUGCCACUCUCAUUAAUUAGUAGGUAACUUUCCAUGGUUAACUUUCCUUUCAUGAAUAUAAACUUAUAGAGGGCCGAAUAUCUCUGGUAUGUGGUUCGAAUGCAGUAGUGGGCAGUCGCAAGUAAAUCUAUACACCAGCCUGUUGUGUUUAAAGGUGCAGUUGUGAUGAAGGUCGUUUGCGUAUUCCAUGACGUUUCAAGUGACACUUGGCAUCAUUCCAAUCACCGGCGAGCUGUACUAGAGCGCAGUGCUCUGAAUUUAACACUUCGUAGAAAAAAAUGUAAAUAUUUUUGGGGUGUAAGGCCAUUACACAAAAAAAAACUUAAGUGUUUUCUUUUGGCUCAGAGUCGUAAAUAGGUUUUUUUUUUUUUUUUAUAGAAUCUAGAGCUUGAGGGAAGGUGAAGCUUAGAUUGGGUCGAACCGGUUAAAUCAAACUGAAUCAAAAAGAAGUUGGAGAGCCGAAAACGUUUUGAUCUAAGCAAGAUCUUUAUCAAAGGCAAAACUCAAUUCGAGUUUCUCUGUUUAUGGAGUCCGCUGGGGGCAUGAAUUUUCUUCUCAGCAUUUUUUUAAUAUUAAACUAAAAGGGAUAGGGGAGAGGAGAGGUACAUGUGG